CCCUGUACAAAAAAAAAAAAAAAAAAUACAGUAAAAUAAAAUCCUCCUCCUGUCCUCCUCCUCCUCCUCCUCCUCCCCCCCGAACCAACAAAAAUAACAAGAAACACCACAAAACUGCUCUCCAAAACCCCGGGACAUGGCCAGGCUAGAACAGGUGCUGCUGUUACAGCCCGAGCACGAACUCAAAUUUAAAGGUCCCUUCACAGAUGUGGUCACCACAACCCUUACUCUCACAAACCCCUCAGACAGGAAGGUUUAUUUUAAAGUGAAGACGACGGCCCCGCGCCGGUACUGCGUGAGACCCAACAGUGGAGUCCUGGAUUCGGGAGCAUCCGUCGAUGUGUCGGUUAUGCUACAGCCGUUUGACUAUGACCCUAAUGAGAAAAGCAAGCACAAGUUUAUGGUGCAGUCGCUGAUGGCUCCAGAUAACGUGACUGACAUGGAGGGAGUAUGGAAAGAAGCAAAGCCAGAGGAGUUGAUGGAUUCCAAGCUGAGGUGUGUCUUUGAGCUUCCGUCAGAGAAUGAGAAAACACAUGAUGUUGAUCAGAAUAAAAUCACGUCAACGAGUGCGUCGAAGUCUGAAUCGUCAUCGUUGUUCAAGUCCGCCAGCUCCACCCUGGAUGACAGUGAAGUGAAGAAGAUCCUGGAAGAGUGCAAGAGGCUUCAGGCUGAAGUGCAGCGACUACGGGACGAGAACAAACAAAUCAAGGAAGACGAAGGGCUGAGGAUGAGGAGGAGCGCCCCGAUGACGGGCAGCCCCUCAGGAGGAGCCAACGCUGCUCUUGUGAAAGAGGAAGGGCCCACCACCCGCCUGCUCGCUCUGGCUGUGUUAUUCUUAAUCCUCGGUGUGAUUAUAGGAAAACUGGCCUUGUAGAGGCAGCAUGCUUGCUAAGGAAGAAAUGGAUUUGGAUUAUUAAUCAAAAUAUGCCAUAUCACUGGGGUAGAAUUGAAUCAUGCUAUGUUAAAAAAAUAAAAAAAUAAUAAAAAUACAUAAAAAAAAUUAUAUAUAUAUAUAUAUAUAUAUAUAUAUAUAUAUAUAUAUAUAUAUAUAUAUAUAAAAUGUAAAAUCUCACAGGUCUUGCCUUUUAAUUACUCUCCCCUUGCACAGAUGCAGAUAAUGUUAAUGGGAAAAAAUGAUAACUUGUAUAGUUAAAUAAAUGAGUGACGUUUCCUAACACACCAGACAAGGCAAAUCUUAUAAUUGAUAAAGUUAAUGGCAUACCAUGAAUGUUUUUUUAAAUCCUUUAUUUUAGACCUCUAGAUAAAAUCUAACUAAAGUGAAAUGAACGACUGCUGGGGCUGACCAAUCAUAAUCAGGAUCUGGGGCUGGCCAAUCAUAAUCAGGAACUGGGGCUGGCCAAUCAUAAUCCAGAUCUGGGGCUGGGCCAGAUAGAAGGGUAGGAAACUACAGGCAAACUUUGUUAGUAAUAGAAGAUGCCAAGGGGGGGUUCGUUAUUGUAAGGAAGGGCCUUGUGCAACGAUGGCGUUCUCUUGUGAGAGUUCUGACUAACGAGCUUCAUUCAAGUGAAUGUCGAUCUUUCAUGUGCAAGUUAUUCUUUAUUUAAAAAUAAAGGGCAUAUGUAGCAAAGCUGCUGAAAGGUUACAUCUUUGAUUUUUGUUUACUCUAAAGUUUGCAUUGCAGCAAUAUCUACUGUACAGCAGUAACAUUCAACAUGUAAAUACAGCACUGGGAGGCAUGUGGAGUACAGGGUGUCUUCCUUUGUCAUGCUGAGGAGCAGCUUCUGGACUUCAGCCACAAAACUCAAAAGUUUUGUAGAGUUUUAGCUUGAAAUGAUGAUGAGCAAAUUGCUCUACUACUGUAGGACAAGGGGGAAAAAAAUAGCAUAAUAAUCUGUUCUCGCGGAGUGAGUGUAGGUGGGUAUAGCGCAGAGCUUUAUACAGAAAUGCAUGGAUUACCAAGGCAAUUUGUUAUUCAAAACGAAAACACUGUUAGUCACUUUUAAAUCGGCUCGUUGUUUUUUUUUUUUUUUUUUUUAAACUUGGCGUAAAUCCAUUUAUAAAUCAGUUCUAUAGAUUUAAAUUAUUUGUAUUGUUUUUGACUCCUUUGCCAUCACAACCUUCAUUGUGUUAUCACUGCAUCACUUUUCCAUGCACUGUAAUAAAAGUUAUCCCUAAAACAUCGUUCUGAACAAGCCCCAAGGACUGUCUUCUUCAAAAGGGACCACUUUGUGUCUAGCUUUAGUUUAGUCUAUGGUCUUAAAUGUCAAUGGGACGGAUUUCUAAAUAUACGCAUAUAAAUAAUUUAAAUGUGUUUCGUCUCACGUUUGCAUAUUGUAAGAAAAUGAUAACUUGCAAGAUGAAAAAAAAAAAAACACCUCUUUAAAACAUAUAAAAGGUGAAUGGAACUUUUCUUGAUGCUGAAAUACACACACACCCACCCACCCACAGAGAGAUCCCUUAGACACUGACCUGCAACAGUACUACUUGUGACUUCAAAACUAUUCUCUUCUAAUCCGGUGCAACUGCUUCAGAUCUAUCUUGACGCGUGUUUCCCAAAACCCCUGGGUCUUCUUCUGAGCUUCGCUUGUUUUUCAAGUAUUGCUAAAGAGGCAAAUAAAACGAAUUCGAUCUUUUUUGGUAUCUAUAAAGGGUCAAAAACUCUGUUAUAUUCGUGUGGUGCUGCUGAAGACUCAAGGAAACUGUUAUUGGUUAAGCAGCCACGCACGCGCACACACACACACACACGCACGUGUAUCUGCGUCCUCUUGGUGUCGCAGUGUGUUGUAAAGGUCCACCACGACCCCAGAUGAACCGUGAACUCAUGACAGGUUCAAGUGCAGUUUGGAGAUGGAUGGAGCUUUGGGAAACACUGGGUUGUGAACGCUGUUCUUGUGAUGCCCUCACGAUGCUGUUUGUUUAGGUUAAAGUAGCCCCCAGAGAAACAGCCCCUAGGCCUGUAAAGCAGCUUCAGACCAUCGCCAUAGUGUUACCACAGAAGCCGGGCACCUGUUUUGUAUGUAUAUCAAUAACAGUUCUAUCUGAGAAAUGAAUAUUCGUAGUAAACUAGUCUAUGGUGUAAUGCCCAACCCUGUUGGACUAUGUAGCAUCUUAAUAAAUUAAAUAAAGCCCCAAACCUACA